CAGGGGCGGACUGACAACUCAUGGGGCCCCCGGGCAAUAGGGGAUCAUGGGGCCCCUGUGUCCUUGCCCAAACUCAAAAAAGCCUAUGAAAAAGGUACCAGGGGCAUCUCAUGGGGCCCCCUACUGACCCCGGGCCCUCGGGCAGUGCCCCAGUUUCCAAAUGGUCAGUCCGCCCCUGUGUCCAAGGAAUCUUCAUAAACACGAAUGAAAAAUCCAAAUGUAAAAGUAGAUUGGCCUGAUGAGAUAAUGAAACCAGAAUUAUGUAUAUUAUAUUUUUAUGUAUCACUAUUUAUGUAUAUAGUUAAUGU